GUGAAAAUUCUAACGAAGAGGUGAAGAUAUCGGCAGUGAAGGCCACCUCUGCCUUCAUUUUAGUUCACGAAACAGAAAAAUCAGUUUUAAAACAGAUGAGUGAUUGUAUUCUUCCAAUGAUUCACAUAAUGUCCGCCUGUAUUGACACCGAAAGCGACGAUUCGGCUCUUAAAUCGUUUAUAGAUAUCUCUGAGAAAUGUCCGCAAAUACUUCGACCACAGUUUGAAGCCUUAAUUGAAGUUUGUCUCAAGACUUUGUCAAAUGUGGAAAAGCCUGAUUCGUGGAGGCAUUUGGCACUCGAGGUGAUCAUAUCUUUAGCAGAAAACGCUCCGUCGACUGUCCGAAAGAGGGGUUCGCCUUAUCUCUCGCUUUUAAUUUCUCAGUUGCUUCUAAUGAUGACUGAUUUGGAAGACGACCCGAACUGGUCUUUAAGUGACGAGGAAGAGGACGACGACUCUGAAAGCAAUGCAGUGAUCGGUGAAAGCAGUUUAGACCGACUGUCCUGUUCUAUAGGCGGCAAAACAGUGCUUCCUUUGGCCAUAACAUCGAUCUCUCAAAUGUUGCAAAACAGUGAUUGGAAGCACAGAUUCGGUGCAUUGAUGGCCAUAUCGGCGGUGGGAGAGGGC